AUGUCACAAACACAACGAGACGUUUUCCUCUACAGGCGACCCAUCAGUAGCUUUGCCAAAAUCCCCCUCCUCAACAAAUGGCGCAAAGCUACCAUCAACCAUUGGACAGUUUGCGUGGGCGACACAUGCUACGAAGUCGCCGCCACACCCGACGAUCCAAGCGGACUAUCGCACAACCUGCGCAUCAAGCCCAGGUCAGAAUGGAUUGAGGAAAUGCAAAAGAAAGCGCUUGAAUAUGAGCCUAUUAAUUUGGGGGAAUGCAAGACGACAUGGCCGGAUGACAAGAUUGAAGAAUGCGGCAAGUAUACCUGA